AUGUCAGACCAGCGAGACUUCUCGUCGUUAUUUUUUCCUCCUACACGAAACAUGGAGGAAUACUCCUCGAUUGAAGGCGCAUCACAAGGCGAAGAGUAUAUCCUGGCCAAUUUCUGCAAUAUUUCGUUUAACACCCAACAACCCCAUGAUCAGAAAUCGAUCGAUAUUGUAUGGUGGUCCAAUGUCGUUUGUCUUCCGCUGAUCACUAUGGUUGGACUCACUUGCAAUCUGCUUAAUAUCGCUAUUCUAACCAGUAAUAAAGGAGCGAAACGAAUACCAAGCUGGACGCUACUGCUAGCACUUGCCAUAUGCGACUGUUUAUUUCUGGUUUUUGCUAUGCUAGAAGUGACACCCUCGUCGAUUCCUGCUAUAGUUUUUUCACCUUAUUUGAAUUUUAUCUACUAUCAUACUUGUCUAUACAUCCGUGUUCUGGCAUCAACUUUCUACAAGAGCAGUGUGCUAAUCGUUGUCGCCUUCAAUGUCGAACGAUAUAUUUGCGUCGUUCAUCCAUUUAGCUGUCAUCGAAUUUGUACAGGACGAACAUCGCGAUUCGCAAUCAGCGCAUGCCUUGUCAUCUCAUUUCUUUGUUCUGUUCAAUGGCCAAUUUGUUAUGAAGUCCGUUAUUGCUAUGAUCAUAUCGCACAAGAAUAUCUCUACUUCAUUCGGAUGUCAAGCAAUGAUACUCUUGAGUUUUACUACCAACUGAUGGACUACGUAGCCCUGAUCGCCUUCAAUAUUUUACCUAUCAUCUCAUUGCUGGUAAUGAAUUGUAUGAUUAUCGCCACGUUACGACGUGUUGUUGCUGAAGACGCUAAAAAAGAAGAAUCAACGCGAUUAGCUGAUGGAACACUGAUUCCGGAAUCAUCAUCGCAUCGUUUAAAUCCGAACGCUUUGCUAUUUGCUGUAGUGUUGAUGUUACUUAUCUGUGUGGGACCUCAGGCCCCAGCAAGGUUGCUUUUUGGAAUAUAUGGGCAAUAUCAUCCAAAAGCUAUAGUUUAUACUUGUGUUUCACAGCAGCUCGUCAUCCUAAAUGCAGCUUUGAAUUUCGCGCUCUACUGUGUGGUCUCGAAGCGCUACCGUAUGCUAAUGCGACAAACAAUCAAACGACUUCUGCGAUCGUUCAAAGCUGUCGAUCGUCCUCUGAAAAUGAGCGCUCGUCAGAGUAAAAGUUCGACAGCUCCUGCUACUUCGAUGGAAGAGAACCACAGCCGAAAUUUAAUGCUUGUACAUGCUGUUUAGCUUCGAGAUUACUGUAUAUAGACAAUUUAAUUUUGAUUUAAGCAUUUCUGAACCAGUUUCGUCUUCUUCUUUCUAGUCCAGUUCUUCGUUCUGCGUCGCAUCGUACGCUUUAUCCAGAACACGGGUUUUUUCUGAAUAUUGA